UGCUCCUCUUGUGUUGAAGUUCAAAACCAUUUACAUGAACAAGAAAAUAUUGAUAUUUCAGCAACUGCUAUUUGGUGUAAACUUGGAAAUGAUGGAUUAGUAUUGAGAGUUAAAAAGAAAAAAACCUCAUUUGAAUAA